GUGCGUAAUGACUACGGAGACUUCAAGGAGUUUUAAGAGAGGAUGUCAAAUCCAACCUGAGUCCAUAGCGACCAGACGCGUUCUCUUUAGUGUCCUCAAGAAGUGGGAAUGUGGAGUAUUAAUGGAUUGUAUUAUUCUGCUGCGCAGUGAAGCGAUGGGAGAACUUUUCUGAUUUCUGAUCUCUUUCUGAUUUCUGUCAGGGGACAGUUCAGCCACUUGUGCAAGAAAACAAAUAGAGAGGAUGGGACGCAAAAUCAGUUAGAAAACCAUGCGCUGUUCAUAUAUGGAGAGAUGGCAUGCGUGCUCCUCUUCAGUCGACUUGUCCCCUUUUCGCACCGGCUCAAAGGAACGUCAGUUUGCUUGUUAUCUCUUUUUCUUUCGUAUUUGUGCUACUGUGCACUACUUCCCAACGAUACCGUCAUGCAAAAGCCAGGUGAUCCAACGCCCAGCUGUCAGCCAGCCGAUGGAGCCAAACGGCGCCUCCAGAAAUCAUUGUCCUGUCUUGCACCAAUUGAUGCAAGAACGAGUAGCGCAGAUGGAACAUCUCAGCUGAAAACGGACCAAAGACAUCCUUCCACUCCUCACGUCGUCAGGAAUGACACGCCCAGUCCUCCCGUGAGUCAUUUAAAGUUUGGCAAUAAAAAGUUACCAAAUGCGAUCAUCGUUGGUGUGAAAAAAGGGGGAACGAGAGCUGUUCUGGAGUUCAUAAGGAUUCAUCCGGACGUGCGAGCAGCUGGAACAGAAACUCACUUCUUCGAUAGGAAUUAUGACAGAGGCUUGGAAUGGUACAGAAGUCUAAUGCCAAGGACCCUUGAAAGCCAAAUCACUAUGGAGAAGACACCGAGCUACUUUGUGACUAAAGAGACUCCACGCCGAAUCUCUGCUAUGUCCCAAGAUACCAAGCUCAUUGUGGUUGUCCGUGACCCUGUCACCCGAGCAAUAUCAGAUUACACUCAGACUUUAUCCAAAACCCCAGACUUGCCGAGCUUCCAGGAGUUGGCCUUCAGAAACCAGAGCCUUGGCAUUGUGGACAUGUCCUGGAAUGCCAUUCGGAUUGGCCUGUACGCUCUGCAUCUUGAAAACUGGCUCCGCUACUUCCCUUUGACUCAGAUCCACUUUGUGAGUGGAGAGCGUCUUAUCACAGACCCAGCAGGGGAGUUGGCUCGGGUGCAGGACUUCCUUGGAUUAAAACGCAUCGUGACCGACAAACACUUCUAUUUCAACCGCACCAAGGGCUUCCCUUGCCUUAAAAAGCCAGAGAGCAGUGGAUCGCCUCGAUGUCUGGGCAAGUCCAAGGGCAGAACUCAUGUGCAGAUAGACAGAGAGGCUAUCGAGCAGCUACGAGAUUUCUACAGACCUUAUAAUGAAAAGUUCUAUGAAAUGGUGGGGCAUGACUUCAAGUGGGAGUAGAAGCCGAACACUGUAUUUUUACAUGUAACAAGUCAUUUGGAUUUAAAAUAGUUUGCCUCAAGUAAGACUGAGGUGGUCUCUAGACAAUUUUAAAAUUCUUUCAUGUGACUCUAAUGAACAAAAGCACUUGCACUUGCGGUUACCAACAACAGCAUCCUGUUUGUUGCUAGCCAUAGUUGUAGCUUCAAGAUUAUACUAUUAUGGUUGGACUAUCUGUAGAGUAUUGCUGACUAGUUUGCUGACUUCCUCAUAGAAGAGGGGAUUCCAAGGAUUAGUUCCUCUCAAAGUCUCCCUCACUAAUCAAGGCAGAGCUUAAAUGCAAGACCUUGGAAAAUGUCAGUGAAGUCUUCAGGGAGAGCAGUAUUAAGCUGCAGCACUGUGGUGAGAAGUCCAAAAUGUAAAGCCAUAUAGGAAGUAUGAACCACGUGAUUUUUUUAAGCUCAGCAUGACUCAGAUAAAUUAGUAUAUGCAUUAACAUCAGUGCUUUGUUUGCAAAGUGUGUGUAUAUUUUUGUAACAAGGGUAUCUUAUCACAAUGCUUGUCCAUGAACUUCAUUAAAGGAAACCCACUCCCACUCUCUGCUUUUGCUUGGUGUCGAGAAACACCAGCACUGAAAAAGCCACUUCAAUGAAAAAUCUGAGCCUCUUAGAAAAUGGUUGGCUCUUUACCUUUUUUUUCUCUCUUUUCACAUAUAGUUUGUUCGGUUAUGGUUCAGACCACCAUUCUUUGAGGCUGAUUGCAUGCUGUAAGGUUGUCGUGUGCCUCAGAGCUGGCGGUAGGGGUAUGAGUGGGUGUAGGUGUAAGGAAUUUCAAUCACUUUUCAAAGACAAACUAGAGAACACCUGGACGUGGUGGGUUAUCAAAUAGAUUCUGGAACCGUGUGUCACAAUAUUGCAGUGAAAAGUUUAGAUGAAGUUGUGUGAAUACUAAAGCAAGCUCUGACCUUCCUGCAAAAGCAAAAGAACAUUUGAUGAUACGUGAACAUGGAUUGUAUUCUGUGGUUUAGAGGCAUUUGCAUGAAAUGACA